GGCCAGACCGAAGCCGUCCCCCUCUCCACCCGCUCAGGCUUCCCGGAUCACAGACUUCAUGGCUCCUUCCUCAAGCAGGAGAAACAGAACCAGCGAAUCCAACCAUCAACAAAUAGAAGAAACCAGCGUCACGGUUACGCUUACUUCAGCAGCCAUGGAAAAUCCUCCUGAAGUUCCUGUUCCUAGCAACACAGGAGAAGCCCACACGGAAGCCAUGCUGGAUCCACUCAGUGUUCUGAAGAAGUACUUUGGUUAUCUCAGUUUUCGCGGGAAUCAGGAAGAAGUAAUCAGAGCGGUUUUAUCAGGGUCUGACUGCUUCUGCAUAAUGCCGACCGGAGGUGGCAAGUCGCUGUGCUACGAGAUCCCCGCGCUGAUGAAACUGGGAGUCGUCAUCGUCGUCUCUCCGCUUAUUGCUUUGAUGCAGAAUCAAGUCGAGUCCUUGAGAAAGAAUAAUAUUCCAGCGGAGUACCUUUCAUCGUCCAUUUCGGCUGCAAAACGGGGAAAUAUUCUUGCAGAUUUGGGAAGUGGAAGGCCGGCACUGAAGCUGCUGUACGUGACUCCGGAAGCAGUGGACACCCACACCAUCAUGAGCGUGUUCCGGAAGCUCAACGACAGGGGGCUGCUCAGCCUCUUCGCUGUGGAUGAGGCUCAUUGCAUUUCGUCAUGGGGGCAUGACUUCCGGCCUGCGUAUCGCAAGCUCUCCACUCUUCGGCAGCAGUACCCCAACGUUCCGAUCCUCGCUCUCACUGCCACAGCUGUCGCGAAAGUGCGAGAGGACAUUGUGUCAUCGCUCUGCCUUCGCAACCCUACGACCCUUCUGUCUUCCUUUAAUAGACCCAACAUCUACUAUGAAGUCCGCUACAAGGACCUCAUAGACCCGUACAAGGACUUGCGGGACACGCUGCUAGCGUCCCAUGAGCAGUGCUGCAUCAUCUACUGCCACUCGCGCAACACAUGCGACGAGCUCGGCUGCUGGCUCGCACGCGACGGGCUCAGAUGCAAAGUAUACCAUGCAGGCCUGUCAGCCUCGGCUCGCACGAGUGCACUGGACGAGUGGUCGCGAGGAAAGGUUCCGAUUAUGAUUGCUACCGUCGCCUUUGGGGCAUAGACCGGGGGAUAGUGCGGCUGGUGUGCCACUACUCCCUUCCCAAGUCCAUCGAGGCCUUCUACCAGGAGUCAGGGCGGGCAGGCCGGGACCAGCAGCCCUGCCGCAGCAUUGUCUACUACGGUGUGCAAGAUCGCAGGAUAAUGGAGUUCAUCAUAAAGAAGGACGAUGGUUCGAGGGGUAAAGGCACAGCAUCACCCCAGCGGGUCAAGAACGGCCUUGAUGCCUUUCAAAAGAUGGUGGACUAUUGCGAGCUCCUGUCGUGUCGCAGAAUCAAGCUGCUGACACACUUUGGAGAGGCAGCCACCCCAAGGCUGUGUGCGGGCGGCUGUGACGUGUGCAAGGCACCACACGCAGUGCAGGCAGCUCUUCAGGAGCUUCGGGAGAGUGGUGCUGUUGGUGGCAGCGGUGCCUUUCCGCGGGUGCAGAUGGGCAGGCCACCGCUGUCUACCAAGCUGAAGCAGCUGGUGGAGAGCGAGUUCUGGAAGAGGGACGAUGAGGAGGAGCCUGAAGAGAGCAUUUCCGGCUCAGAUGGCGAGGACGAGGCAACGGAGAAGAUCGUCCGUGUGGAGAGGCGGGUGGGCAAGAGGGCCACGUUUGAUAGGAAGAUGGAGGCAAUGAGCCGCGCUGAGGAGGCGUAUAAACGCGAGCGUGCAGCUCCCACUAGCAGGCUCGCGUCCCUGCGACAACAGUUUAAGCCCCCCAGGCUAGCAAGCGGCGUCUCAUCUCCUAGGGCAGCCUUCACAACUGCAAGAGCUGUAAUGGGAUCGUCCAUUGCAAACCGCACAUUGAAAAGACCGACAGCCGCUCAGACUUCGACAUCAAACAACCCAGACCCGGCUGAUCCUCCAAGGCAUAAGGCCAGGCUUCAAAUACCUACAGUACCCCUUUCUCAAGAUCCGUGGCAAUAACAAGCAUGGCUGCAGCAAAGAACACAUGCAUGUGCAUAAUAUGUGGGGUUGAUUACUUUGAAAGUGAUGAUGUCUCUAAUGAUACGAGCAGAGUCAAGCAAUGGAAAAUCCAGUUUUGGAUGAAAAUGU